AUGUGGCCGUCUAUUCUACUCGCUCUCCUGAUUUUUACAGCGCCAAUUACGCACGGACAAGAAGACGAUGAUGAUCAGGGGAAUGAUCAGACCAUCGACAAGGAAAUCAAGGACGCGGACUUGCCAGACAAUUCGACUUCGACUUUUCCCCCGCCUGCCAAUGCUACCGUCCCAGUAGUGGUGGAGGAAGAGCCGACACCUGAGGCUACUCCCUGGAUACUGUAUGGUGGAGUAGCCUUCGCCGCGCUGGCGUGCAUCAUUGUGAUGUGCGGUUGCUGUUGCUACUGUUGUCGGAACAGGAGAGGGAACGACCGUGCCCGCGCCGACCUCGAGAAGGGCGGCUACAAACAGAAGCAGCAAGGAAAAGCCGGCGGCAAGCAAAAGCCAGCCCAAAAAUACGCCAGACGGCCCCCUGCUCUACCACCCGCUCAGGAGCCCGAUGAACGCGCCUACGCCCCGGUGAACAUCUCCGACGAUACGGCAUCAGCCCGGACCGGGCAGCUGGCCGACCCCGUUCAGCCGCCAGUCAUCCAGCCCGUCUACCAGCCCGUCGUGCAACCCGUCGUGCAGCCAGUCGUCGCGCCGUGCCCCGUCCCCUACUACGUGCCCCCGCCGAUCGUCGACCUGUGCUACAGCCCGUGCUACGACUAUGGGUACGACUACGGGUACUCGGGCUGCUACGACUGCGGCUACGACUGCAACUGCUGCGAAUACACCUACGACUAUGACGGUUACUGG